AGUGUCACUUUGCUUAGGGCUCCUCAGUGUGCGUGACCAGCUUCAGGAAAUGGGCGCUUCCAGUGCUUCUGACAUCUUUCCAGCUGCAGGCUCCAGCAGGAGAUUUUAAAUUUGAAAACGGUGAAAUUAUUUCAGAGAAAAGGAGGAUUUGCAGUCGAGAAACUCAAACAAAACAUCACAUCAGGAUGUGAUGAGGCACCCAGUUAAUGGUAACUUGAUUAUCAUUGGAUUUUGAACAUGGAAGGAAAAAGCAUUGUUCAUAGCGGAUGAAAAUGUUCUCUGUGUGGAGGAGGCUUCAGCUCAUCACCUGGCCUCACAACCUACAAAUUCAAAUAUACUGAGAAGGAACCGUGGAAAAGUUGGGUCUGUGAGGAGAGAUUUAGUUACCCGUCUGAGCUGGAAACUCAUUGAUGCAGUCACACCAGCGAGAGGUCGUUCAGCUGCUCUCUAUGUUAUACGGGAUUCACUCUGUCAUCCUGUUGGCUCACUGGCAAAUUCACACUGAGGAGAGAUUGUUCAAAUGCUCCAUAUGUGGGAAGUGAUUCACUGAGUCAUCCCACCUUAUGACACACAAACGGCUUCACACUCAGGAGAGUCUUUUUAAACGCCUAGACUACGAGAAGUGCUAUAAAGGCUCCUGGGAAGUGACAUCCCAUCAACGUGUUCACACUGACGAGAGACCGUUCAGAUGCUGUCAAUGCGGGACUGGGUUCAGGAAAUCAUCUGAACUCACUGUACACCAGUCAGUUCAUAGUGGGGAGAGCCCGUUCACCUGCUCCGAGUGUGGGAAGGGAUUCACUCAGACAUCCCACCUCAUGGAACACAAGCAAGUUCACUCUGGAGUGAGGUCAUUCACCUGCUCUGAGUGUGGGAAAGAAUUCACUCAGUCAUCCAAAUUGCUGAGACAUCAGCGAGCUCACACUGACAAGAGACCUUUUAAAUGCCCAGACUGUGGGAAGUAUUAUCAAAGUUCUGGGGAAUUGAUGUCCCAUCAAUGUGUUCACACUGAGGAGAGACCAUUCAAGUGUUCUCACUGUGGGAUUGGGUUCAGACGAUCAUCCGAGCUCACUGUACACCAGCGAAUUCACACUGGGGAGAGGCCUUUCACCUGCUCCGUAUGUGGGAAGAGAUUCAUUCAGUCAUCCCAAUUCAUGGCACACAAGCUAGUUCACACUGGGGAGAGGCCAUUCACUUGCUCUGAGUGUGGGAAGGGAUUCACUCGUUCAUCCAACCUGCUGACACACCAGCAAGUUCACACUGACGAGAGACCUUUCAAAUGCCCAGAUUGUGGGAAGUGCUAUAAAAGUUCCAGGGAACUGAUGCGCCAUCAACGUGUUCACACUGAUGAGAGACCGUUCAGGUGCUCUCACUGCGGGACUGGGUUCAGGCGAUCAUCUCAUCUCACUGUACACCAGCGAAUUCACACUGGGGUGAGGCCGUUCACCUGCACUGAGUGCGGGAAGGGAUUCACUCAGUCAUCUAACCUGCUGACACACCAGCGAGUUCACACUGGGGAGAGGCCAUUCACCUGCUCCAAGUGUGGGAAAGCAUUCUCUCAGUCAUCCAUCCUACUGAGACACCAGCGAGUUCAUAAAUGAUAGCUGGAGUUGGAUUUUGCUGUUAAUAAAAUCCAGGACUGAACAAUAUUCAUUGCUGAUGUUAAUAAACUCCAGAGCAGUAAAAGGUGUUAAUAUUGUGCAUAAAAGUCAAAUAAACAAGCUUUCUGUUAA